GGGAAGGUAGGGUUGUGACCGUUGGAGGUUAGGGAGUAGGCGACAUAAGUCCAAUUCAUUCAGCCAUUCUUUAUUUUCAAUUUUGAACGAUAAGUUAGAAAAAAGUGGAUUAUGUUGAGUCCUUCUGCUUAGAUAGAUCGCAAAAAUGACAGUGUAUGCAAGUUUCAUCGUUUCCAUCACUACAGCCCUCUCAGUAAUUCAGGGACUCGUUGCUGAUGAGAUUUUGGGCUGUGGUGGGUUCAUCAAGAGUCACGCGAGCAUCGAUUACUCGAAAGUUCACAUAAAACUCUACACAAAAUCCGGAAGUUUGAAGGACCAAACAGAAUGUGCCCCGAACAAUGGUUACUACUUUCUCCCCCUGUACGACAAGGGGGAGUACAUCCUCAAGGUUGUCCCACCUCGAGGCUGGAGUUUCGAACCCACAGAGAUUUCCCUCGAUGUGGAUGGUAGCACGGACAUUUGUAGUCAAGGUAAAGACAUAAACUUCACGUUCAAGGGUUUCGGGAUAGCCGGGAGGGUUACAAGCUCCCAAUCAAGCCCUCAGUCCCAGGGCCCAGCAGGAGUGACCGUGGUCCUCUACAAGAACAAAAUCCACAAUGAAAACUCGAUUGGCACCACGACCACCUCCAAGGGGGGAGUAUUCUCCUUCACCCCAAUUCAACCUGGAAAGUACACUCUAGUUGCCUCCCAUCCUGUCUGGAGGAUGGAGAAGAACACGGUAGAAGUGACCGUUACGGAGGGAAACACUGAACUCCCUGACAACAGUCUAACCGUCUUCGGGUACGACGUGAAUGGUCGAGUCAUGAGUGAAGACAAUCAACCAGUCUCAGGGGUCUCCUUCGUCCUCUUCGGAGCGGGUGCCGUCGAAGACUGCACAACAGUCCCCCAAUCAAUGGAAAUAUCAAGCGACCCCAAGUGGGUAGAGCCCCUCUGUUACGUUAAAUCAGACCCCUCAGGAAAAUUCACAUUUCCAGCUCUAACCAACGGUAACUACCGCCUGAUCCCUCAUUACUCCGCUCCCCAGACAAAAUUCCACGUUCAACCUGCUGAGCUGACCUUCACCGUUGACCACGACAGCGUGGCUCUCCCCCAAGACUUCAGGGUAACUGGUUUCACAGUCAGUGGAAUAGUCCUUCUAUCACCCUCAAAAGACAAAAUCCCCCUUCCAAAUGCGAAAGUCUUCAUCUCUGGAAAGCAAGUUGCUACGACCGACAAAAAUGGCCAUUAUUCAAUCGAUAAAAUGAAGACAGGUCAAUAUUCUCUGAAGAUAGAAGCACCUGACGUUAAGUUCGACGAAGUGAACGUCAAAAUCUCUGCAAGCUCCCCAGAACUUCCAACUUCCUCUCCAAGUUUCUACAAAGUAUGUGGAACAGUCACGCUAUCAGCUAAAGGGACUCUCCAUCAUCGUAAAGUGAUCAUCGAAAAUGCAGCAGCUACGUUCCACAGGGAGAUCGAUACAAACCCCAAGACCGGUGACUACUGCCUCUACUUACCCCCAGGAAAGUAUCAAUUUAGUGUUGAAGUUAAUACUGAGGAGAAAACCAAAGGACUCCAGUUUUUCCCACUGCAGCAGACGAUCGAUGUCUCUGGCAAACCCAUCAACAACGUCAACUUCCUUCAACUUAAAGCGACCUUAUCAGGCUCCAUCAAAUGCCUGAGUACAGAGUCGAGUUGCAACCAAGCCUUCGUCACCCUUAAAGUCCUAGAUGGACUCACAGUAAAGACAAUCCAAGCGCAGAACGGAAAUUACGAGUUCAGUGAAGUCCUUCCAGGUCACUACGAGGUCCUCAUCGACACCGACGUCUUCUGCUGGGAGAGUCCCACGCAACAGAUCUCCGUGACAUCCGAGAAAGCAACAGUUCCACCAUUCAAACAAACCGGGUUCACAGUCACCUUCAUCUCCUCCCACGACUCAGCAGUGGAGUUCUUCGACCCUGGAAAGUCCAAAAAAAUAGCCCUCACUCUGCCCAUGGGCAGCACCAGACACUGCGUCUCAAGUCCAGGAAUCUACAAGUUCAUCCCCAAGAGCUGUCACGUUUAUGCUAAAGAGUUUUACACCUGGGACACGACAAACCAGAGUCCAAUAAUCCUCACGUCCAAUGAACACAGGCACAGGGGUAAAAUCGUCGUUCCUUCGUCGUCGUCCGAGGUAGGCGAAGUCGACAUUAAAGUGAAGAUCGAGGCUGGCGAGAAGACCAUUCACUCACCAGUGAAGUUCUCGAGAACGAAGGACAGUUAUCAAUACGUCUUCGAGUUCAAUGCGAAUGUUGAUACAACUUACGUGAUCACCCCCCAGUCCGAUAUAAUUCUGUUUUCCCCUCCGUCGCUGAAGAUCACAGGGACUAAUGACUGUAACAACGAGGCAGCUACCUUCAACGGACAAGUCGGGAGGAUCAUCGAGGGCAAGAUAUCGCCCGCUCUCGAAGGGGUGACGAUUAAAAUAUUCGGAAAGGACAAGGAGGCACCUGUGCACACUUUGGUAACUCAACAGGACGGCAAUUACAGGAUUGGUCCUCUGGAUGGAAGCAUGGAGUACACGGUGACAGCUGAAAAGUCGGGUUUUUCGAUAACCCAACAUCGUGACGCCGAUGGGGUCUUCUAUGCGGAGAAGCUUGCUGAAGUGGUGGUCGACGUUGUCGAUCAGGCAGACGAGUUGCCUCUUCAAGGGGUUUUGCUGUCGUUAUCUGGUGGACAGGGGGGCUACAGGAAGAACAGUAUGACUGGUAAUGAAGGACGAUUGGUGUUCAAUUCUUUGUCCUCUGGGGAGUACUACCUUCGAGCUAUGAUGAAGGAGUACAGGUUCGAUCCCCCAUCGAAGAUAAUUAAAGUGUCUGAGGGUGCUACUGAGCAGAUUAAGCUGAUGGCUAAGAGAGUUGCCUUCAGUGCUCAUGGAAUGGUGACUUCGUUGAAUGGAGAGCCUGAGCCUGGGCUGAUUGUCGAGGCCCAAGGGGGGUCUGGCAGUCCCAAGAAUUCCCCAUCGAGCUCUUGUGAUUCUCUGCAGGAGGAAGCUACGACUGAGGAGAGUGGCAGAUUCAGGAUAAGAGGACUCGAGCCAGGUUGUCAUUAUGUUGUCAAGCUGAAGGACAAUGAGUUCCAGACUAAUUCGAGGGUGUACAGAGCAUCUCCUGAGGGGAUUGAUGUUGAGGUUGUUGAUAGGGAUAUUGAGGGACUGAGGUUUAUCGCAUUUCAUCCCAUCCCUAGGACUGAUGUGUCUGUUCAUGUGGUUGCUGAUCAGGUUGAACACUAUAAGGGAUUGAAAGUGAAACUGUGCAGGGAGGACCAGCCUGAUUCACCCAUUCAUUCGGUUAGGAUCGAUCCGCAACAGGCUAGUAAAUUUAAUAGUUACAGCAAUCCUGGGUUCUUGAUGCACUUUCCUCCUCUGCAAUCCAAUGGAAAGAAAUAUUUCGUGCAGCUGGAGUCUUCUCUCUCGCCUGCUCUUUACAAAUACAAAGUCAUUCCGAGUUAUUUCGAAGCGAAUACCUCGUUCAAGGCGUUGACUUUGAGUUUCAAGGCUGAACGGAGAAUGGAUCAUGGGGAGAUGAACCAGAGUUCCAUGAUUGCUCUGCCUUUUAUCAUGAUCGUGGCUAUUGCGUUCUUGAAUAGGGAGAAGUUGUGGAGCUGGUUGAAUGUCAGGGUUGAACAGUGGUCGAAGGCCGGACCUGUGCAGAGGAGUCCAGUCGCUCAGAGCAUUCCCAUUGAUCCCAGGACUGAUGACAUUAUUGUGGAGCAGAUCAUGAAUAUCAAUAAGAGGAAGACUAAACCGAGGAAGACGUAAUUGGGGGGUUUUUAGGGGAAUUGUGGGCGCGUGUUUUGAGUAAUUUUUUUAGUCGAUAUAAUUGUAAAUACAAAUUGAGAUUUGUACAUCUGUAAUUGAUUCAGUGGUGAGGAGAAUAAAUUUGUCUGGGGUCAUUUACUUCUGGAAGGGGUGGAAAUGAUUUAUAUAAUUUUUUGAGAGUAUAGAGCGCAUGUUUGGAGUAACGGAUUUAUUUGAAUGUAAAUACAAAUUGAGAUUUGCAAAACUGUA